AUGGGGCUGCUUAAUGAGAGUCUGGAAAAAUUCAAGCAACAGCAAGAGAAAUGCCAGAAAACACUUACUGGAAUUGCAGCUAAAGCAUCAUCAUCUAAAGCCAGCUCUUCAAGGUCCGUGCCCUCAGGCACAUCGAAUGUGCCAAAUGCAAAGUCUCCAUCACCCCCGGUUAAAUUCUCGAAUGAUACGGAACGGCUUCAACAUAUAAAUAGCAUAAGAAAAGCCCCUGUGGGAGCUCAAAUCAAACGUGUCAUUGAUCUGCUAUUUGAGACAAGGCAAGCAUUCACCCCUGAGCAAAUAAAUGAAGCUUGCUAUGUCGAUGCAAAUGCAAACAAGUCUGUCUUUGACAGUUUGAGGAACAAUCCAAAAGUGAGUUAUGAUGGGAAACGGUUUUCGUACAAGUCUAAACAUGCUUUAAAAGAUAAGAGCCAACUUCUAGUGUUAGUCCGGAAGUUUCCUGAGGGUAUUGCUGUUAUUGAUCUGAAAGACUCGUAUCCCACAGUCAUGGAGGACUUACAGGCUUUGAAAGCUUCAGGUCAAAUUUGGCUAUUAUCAAACUUCGAUUCACAAGAGGACAUAGCGUACCCAAAUGAUCCAAGGGCGGUUAUAAAAGUUGAUGAUGACUUGAAACAAUUAUUUAGGGGGAUCGAACUCCCUCGCGAUAUGCUUGACAUUGAGAAGGAUCUUCAGAAGAAUGGGAUGAAACCUGCGACAAACACGGCUAAGAGGAGGGCCAUGGCGCAGGCUCAUGGCAUUCCCCCGAAGCCUAAGACAAAGAAGAAGAAAAAUGAAAUCAGCAAGAGGACAAAGCUUACUAAUGCUCACCUUCCGGAACUCUUUCAGCACCUCAAACCCAGUUCAUCUUGA